AUGAUCUCAGCUGUUUUUCUGUGUCUUAUUCUGGCUGUUGUGACCACCAGUGGAGGUCCUGUGUCUGGUGAUUGUGGUGGAGAGAAAAAUACCAAACCUAUUAUUAAAGAUGAACCAACACUUGUUAGUACAACAACCAACGGAAAAAGAUAUGUUGUUGGUAGUGGAUAUAACAAAAUCAAUAUCGUACACCUUUAUGGUGCUCCUUACGAAAUGGGACAAGCAUUAGGCACAUUGAUGAAAGACGAACUUAACAUGCUUAUUGCUGAAUAUUUUUUGUAUCUUGAAAAGCAAAUAGACCAGAUAUUGAAAAUAGUGCCACCCUUUAUUGCACAAUGGAUAUCGGAGAAAGGAUUGAAAGGAGCUCUAGAUUUAAACUAUGAGAUUACUCGUCUGUACACUCCACCAUGGUAUGAUGAAGAAAUGAAAGGCAUUGAAGCGGGAAGCGGAGUUUCGUACGAAGAUAUCAGACGACUAAAUUUGCUGCCUGAAUUAAUAAAAGCUGCAUGCAGUGUUAUCGGAGCAUGGGGUAACUCGUUAAGUGAAAGCAAGAGAGAAAUCAACACUAGUUUAUUACAUUUAAGAGCAUUGGACUGGGAUAAAAAUGCGCCUAUUGCUAAAUACGCUACAAUUGUUGUUUAUCAUCCGUCAGCAUCCUAUAGUGGAUAUGGAAAUCUGUAUAAAUAUUAUAAGCAUAAUUAUGCCUCUCAUGCUAUGGCAAAUUUCGGGUAUCCGGGCCUAGUGGGCUCAAUAACUGCUUAUAGCGAAGCAUCGGUUGGAUUAGGUGAAAAGGUAUGGAUAACAGCUAAAGGGGAUGAUAUUACCACUCGUUUAGGAAAUCCUUGGACAUACGUAUUGCGAGAUGUAGCUCAAUUCAGUUCAGAUUUAGAAACGGCAUUGACAAUGAUGAUAAAUGCUAAACGAACGUGUUCAAUUCAUUUGGGACUGGGAGCAGUAAAUCGAAAUCAAACAUUAUUUGAAGAAGUACAAUUUCGAGGAGUGGAAUACAGUGAAAAAGAAUUAAAUUUUUAUAAUUGGAAUGACAUGUUUGAAAAUCGAGGACAUCCGCUUAUCAAAGAUAUCGUCUAUUGGGAUAAACAUGUUCAACCAUCCGACAAUCCAUGCUUAUCAAGUUUAUUAACUGCACAAUACGGUAAUCUAGAUGCAGAGACACUCAUUCGUGAAGUAACAAGUGUUUCGGAAACAGGAGACACUAUGAACGCUAUAUUUGAUUACGGAGAGAAUGCUGUCUAUAUAGCUUAUAGCGCUCCUCAAGAUCCGGAAGGACCACUCGAAGCAUACAAACGUAGUCAUACUCGUAUUGACAUGGGCAAACUCUUCAAUGAAAAACUCUAA